AUGGAAGAGGUACUCCUCUACUUCGAGCACGAGAACCAUGCUACCGACGAGGUCUACGAUAAGACUGUGAAGAACCACAUCACGAGAAUCACCCGUCUAUUCAAGGACCAGGCGCCUGCUAUUGUGGCCAGCGCUCCGCGCCUGCUAGAGAUUGUCAACCCCGCCAACCACUCGAUCUCGCAUCUUGCGAUUCUGAACACGCUCAAGCAUAUUGAAGAGGCUUCCCUCCCGAUAUCAAUCGACGUCUUUCGCGAGUAUGUUGCUCGGUUCUUGCUGUCAUACGACGCUCGGCAGAUACGCUACGUUGGUGACGUCUUCUACGAUUUGGUCAAGGAUGUCUCCGAGUGCAAGCUCUUCCCGGCACGCCAGUCAAUCGAGAUCGUUGUUGCCGCCUUGGGGCGACUUGACCCAGAUUCCGCCAUGCUCACAAGCCUCCACCUCGCUGUGGUCAAGCUGGCAUACGAAACGGCAAACUGGGACGAGAUACUGCCAAUCAUAGAAAAGUCUUGGGUCUUUCUUCCGGGCAUGAAGGACCAGGCCCGUUCAAAGUAUCUCUGCGACCUGACGGCUUCACCAGCGGCCUACAUCAGCCCAUCUACACAACUGACAGAUUACCUGACCCGCGAAGGAGUAAUGGAACACGAGUACAUCUCUGCUAUGAUCUUCACGGCGAAGCAUAAAUGGGCGAAAGCACACGAGGCCUACCAGAGAAUCGUCACCUGGCCCUCAAGAGAGUCGUCCGUGAGCAAGUUGAUGACCGAUUCUCACAAGCGGUGGAUUCUUACCGGCCUUUUGGCCCUCGGCCAGGCACCGAUACUACCAUCCCACAUCAGCUCGAGUGUCCAAAAAUCCUACGCAGCCCUUUCGAAGCCCUAUGCGGACGUGGCAGCCCAGUUCUCGACCGCCAACGUGGAACAGCUCAGGACUGAGAUCGAGAAAGGAGCAGAGACAUGGGUGACCGACCAGACGACCACCCUUAUAAAGGAAGUUGUCUUGGCGUAUCAGAAAUGGCAAAUCCUCGGCCUUGCGGACGUGUACCUUAAGAUCAGCGUCCCGGAGAUCCGUCAGCAGACGUUCAGCGCCGAAACGGCCCAGAACCUCGAGACCGAUGACGAGGUCGAGGGGCUUUUACAGGAGAUGGUCAAUAUCGGAAUGCUCCAAGGAUCGCUAGAGAUCAGUCCUGAUGGCACGAAAUGCCUUACUUUCCUCUCACGCGACGAGGAAAUUGAGUACACCGAGUACCAGAAGAAGAUCAAAGAUGACACGCGAAUCAAGACUUUCAACAAGCUCACUCAGGAGAGCGACGCUCGUCUGGCCUCCUCCAAGGACUUCGCCAAGCACAUUCUUCGCGAGCAGAAGCGGCUGGACAAGGAUGGCGGUCAGUCCCAGAAUGUCGAGCUCGGCUUUGAUGCAUCCAUCGAGGAUGAGGACCUUAUGUCGGGUCUCCGUCAGGAUUGA